GCUGCCCUACGUGGACAGGUGGGCGCACCCCGGGCCUGACGGAAGAGCAGUCGGGCACGUGAACCCCCACCUCCAAUUUGGCUCGGUGCCCGGCGGCGGCGGCUGCAGCCCCGCGGUGGGGGCGGCCCCCGCGGUCUCCUCCCGGCUCCUGCGCGCCGCCUCUGCUCUUUGCAUAGUAAUUUCAGUUCCUGCAAACCCCCAGCUAGCUCCCGGAACGGGGCUAAAAAGGACCGCCGCUCGGGAGCCCGCCGGAGCUACCCGUGUGGCGCCGAGAGCUGCUGCUUGGGAAAUGCGACGGGAAAGCCCCGCCACAGCGCAGGCAGCGGCCCCGCGGCGCCGGGGAGAGCCCGGCGAGAGCAGGUAGGCGCCCGGCGGCGGCGGGAGGAGACGCCCCCCUGCGCCACCUCUGCCCAGCGUCCGGCCGGGAGACCGGAGCUUUGUGGUGUCCUCGCUACUGGCCGGGGUAUGGACUCGAGCCCACGUUUUGCCCGAUGAUCGUUUGCCUGUUGCUCUUGUCCCCAUCCCAUCCUGCGCUCCAGGAAGGGCCGUCUUUCUUGCAGAAAAAUCUCUGUGGCAGCAGUGUGGAAAACUGAAGAAGGUACAGAUUGAAGGCAAAGAGAUGAUAUAGGAAGUCCUUGAAAUAAUUCUGGCAAGAAAUGAUUGAUCCCUCAGAGGAAUCAUCCCUGACUGCAUCUCCACUCUGAGCUAAGACUGCUUCCCAGGUGGGACACUGUUCCAGGGAGAGCUCUGAGGUUUUCCUGAAGAAAAAUUCCAUGGGGACUGUACCUGACCCUUUGAGAUCAGCUAUAACUUCCUUGAUCGCAGCUUCUGGAAAAGAAGAGGAUCUAGGAGAAGUGCAGCCUGCCUCCCCUCGGCCUCCAGCAGCCCUCUUGUGUAAGAACACCAAUGGCCUUUCCAGCGCUCCUGCAGAGCCAGACCUCAGCCCCAGGGCAGCUGCUGAGGUCCUGAUGCAGGCCUUGGAGCAUGAGACCACCCAGCCAGACAUGUCUUCUCCUGGGGUCUUCAAUGAGGUGGAAAAAGUGUCUCCUACAUUCAGUUCUCCUGAGACUACCCAGCUGCCAGGAAGCAGCGAGCCCACAGCGCCAGCCCCGUGUUCUGCAGCAGGAAAGGAUCUCACAGACGAAGCAUUUACAAUGCCAGCCAAUCAGCACACCCACCAGGCCACCCCAAGUGACCAGCCCAAUGCCAGCCCCUUGUCAGGACCUGAAGAUACCCGGCUGAAAACACAGAGAGCCUCGGAUGGGGACGUUCUUGAAAAACCUGAAAAGUCAAAUUGCGCUGUGGGAAGCACCCUGGGCAACAGCAAAGACCAAGUGCCCUGUGGUUUUCCUUCUCAAGAAACAAUGCAGGGAGUGCUGCAGACUGCAAAUACAGCAGCCGACGUGUGCAGUAACGCCUCGUCUCCUAUAGGCCAACCUGAAGGGGGAAGGCUGGGAGCCAUAUGUGACUCCCACACAAGGUCCUGUGACUCUGCUGCCAGAGAAGAUGGAUGUUCAGGGAACAAAAAGCCCUCGGCCACCACCUCAGACAACCAAGCCGUGACUUCUAUGACACCUCAAUCACCCCACCUCACUAGCAAAGUCUCCACGUGUCCUUCAGAUCAGGUGUCGAGGUUCAAAGAAGCAAGUACAAUGACCCACCAAGCUGCAGGUGAGGUCAUGGAAGCUCCCGGCAAGGCCCUGCAAGACGCUGGGGUGCAGGCAGUGGCAAGUGUGGAGAGCAGAUCUGUCUCCACCAGCCCCAGCAUCCUCGCCGCGUUCUUAAAGGAAACCCCCAUUCCUGAGCGUUUGGAGCCACAAGAGCAGCUGCGUGUCAUCUGCCAUGGCAGUGGCAGUGGGAGCCACACUUUGGAGCUAUCUGACAACAUCCACUCCCCCCGGGAGUCCGGUCUGUGCCCUGGCAUCAUGCCAGAUGUGCGCAUCCAGGCAGCGGCUGCUGUUUCCACAGCUCUCCAAGGGCAAUGCAAAUUGGUGAGCCUACCAGGUGAGGUCCUUAAGAUCUCAUCGAUCACCGUGGCAUCCGGAAAUGCUCAGGAUCUGUGGAAGGAAGAUACGAGGUCCAUGGGAAUGACCCCAGCAAGGGAAGAGCCCCCCUCUGUACAGCUUUCCGGUGUGAAUUCCAGAUCCCUGAGAGCCAGCCCCACUGACCAGACUUCUAGCAGUGCAGGAAGUCAAACUGAAACAAAUCAUGAAGUGAGGAAAGCUGAAGGCAAGCCAUCAGAGUUUGCAGUGAAAACCACAGACGGUCACAAAACAAACGCAGAUUGCCAACUCUCUGACUCUUGUGGUCCUGCCAGCAAAGCAGACCAGUCCGGAAGCCCGGGUCCCACGGCUAAAGGAGAUGCAAAAGAGAAGAAGCCUGUAUCUCCUGAGACAGUAAAACAAGAAGGUAGGGGCACUGAUAUCCUUGAUGCCAGAGCAAGGCCAGAGGGCAAAACCCUGCUGCUCAAUCCUAAAUCUCAAGAGAGCGGAGGCACUGGGUCCGCUGCCAGCUCUACACCCUCCCCAGUGAGGAAGGACCAGGAGGGCACCCUGGAGGAGAACAGACAGACCAAGACAGCCACCAGCCUGAGCCUGCCUUCCGAUUCCAUGGGGGACUCCAGUCCAGGUUCAGGCAAGAGGACCCCUUCUCGCUUGGCCAAAGCCAGCCCACGGCGGGCCAGCCGCGUCAGCGAGUUCCUCAAGGAGCAGAAGCUAAAUGUGACAGCGGCUGCCGCCCAGGUGGGACUCACCCCAGGAGAGAAGAAAAAGCAGCUGGGCGCCGACUCCAAGCUGCAGUUGAAACAGUCAAAGCGUGUCAGGGACGUUGUGUGGGAUGAACAGGGCAUGACCUGGGAAGUGUACGGUGCCUCCCUGGACCCGGAGUCCCUGGGUAUCGCAAUCCAGAACCAUCUGCAAAGACAAAUCAGGGAACAUGAGAAAUUAAUCAAAGCUCAAAACAGCCAGACCCGGAGAUCCAUUUCCUCAGAUACUUCCUCAAAUAAAAAGCUCAAAGGAAGGCAGCACAGUGUUUUACAGUCCAUGCUGCAGAACUUUCGGCGCCCCAACUGCUGUGUUCGUCCUGCCCCUUCUUCUGUGCUAGACUGAAAGGAGCAUGUAUGGGAGCCCUUGUGUAUAUUUACGGUAUUCCUAAGUGUCUGUGUAUGUCAAAGCUUGCUUAGGUUUUUGUUUGUUUUAGUUUUGGUUUUUGUUUGGUUUUUUUUUUGUUUUUUUUUUUGGAGAAACAGGAAGACGAGCAAGAAUUAACUAUUGGAAGUUGCUGUUAAGAGUUUCUGGGUCUUUUGAUUCGGUGUCCAUAAAUAAAAAAUAUCAUUUCAAUUUGAAAGAAAGAACAAGAGAAAAGAAGAAAGCUCCACUGAAGGUUAAUGACCCUAAUUAAGAGGAAAUAAUAUUCACUGGAUUUUUUAAUAUGAUGUUACUUAUAGAACUAGCACUAUCAUUAAAUACGUCUAAUUUUGUAUUACUGCCUCAAUUUAUCACACAAUGUGGUGUUUCCAUUAAAAUCCCUGCUUAAUAUUAAAACUAGCAAAAACACUGUUAUACUUUUUAGUCAUAUUGCUAUAAGAAUGCUAUCACCACAUAAAAUUUAAGUAAAUGGUAAGAACUGUAAUGUAAAACUGUGAAACAAAUUGACUCUUCAGUCAGAUGACAUUAAGGAAAAGCAUUUAAAUGCACACAAUACCAAAUGAAUUAAUACUUGUCAACAUCUGCGAUAACUGUUUUGGUAAACCUUGUUAUACUGUCAAUAAAUGUAAGAAAGUUGUGUUAGGAAAAUUAGCUGAGCUUUCGAAUAUAAAUACUGCCCACAUAAAACUUGAAUUUAUAUCUAUAUAUUUUCCUGCACUGAAGGCAAAGGGACAUCUCUAUGAUUCUGAUGAGAUUAAAUUCCUGUUUCUUUAGAGGAAAUACAUGCAACUGAAUUCUUGAAAGGGGGGUCAUCAAAUUAUUAAUAAUACUAAAGUUUGUGUCGUGCAAGCGUUCUCCAGAAACAUUUUGCUGAGAAUGUUAAGGUUUCAGUAAGGAAUUAUAAACAGCCAAUCACUCUCUUUUCUGUGUUGAAAAAAGGAAGUAACAAAAGCAGUGGGUUUAAUUUCAGCUCCUAUAAACAGGGUGCAGUUUGUGUUUUCCUUUUGACUUGCUUUGCUUGCGCAGUAGCUUCUAAUGGAAAAUGUAGUGAACAGCAAACAGAACAUAAGCUUCCUCAUGUUUUUGUAGGUAGACUCAUAUCAUCUAGUUGCUUAAGUUUCUCAUCUGUAGUAAAAAGUUAACCUCUGUGAACUUAUUGAUUUUAAGAGAAAUACCAUUGUAUCUUAUCAUUCAAACCCAGUAGAAAUAGAGGCCCUUACUAAAACAUGGUUUGAGCUUCGAGCGGGCUGUAAUUUUUGAGACCAGAGGCACCUGUUUGAGUUCGGCCCUCACUUGCCUUGAGAAGAGGAGUUUCCAUUUGUACCCUAGUGUCUUGCAGGGCACUGGGCUGGGAUGAUCAGGUCCUGAGAGUUGGAGAGUGUGGAAGAGGGAGAUGGGAUGGAGCCCUGGAAAAGGUUCCCCUCCUAGAUUCAUCGUAGGGAGAUCCUUCAUCUGCGCCUUGCAUUUAGAAAAUCAAAUUGUUAAACGUGAGAGGGAUGCUCUCUGGUAGCCUUCUCUGAGCUUGCUCCCCUUGAUGAACCAGAAAAGAGUGUCUGGCCAUGUAUUCUCUGGUGACGCAUAAAUGGCAUUUGUGAGGUCAACUCACAAUCUCUAUUUUGGCUUUUUUUUUUUUUAAAUAUAUAUUCUCUUUUGCAGAAUCUGAGCAUAUAGGGAAAAAUCUUUUGUACCUGAACUUUAACACCACAUGCUAAACUGGGCAGAACCUAAAUUAGUAAAUAGCCAUUGAUUUCUUUAAAAGCAAAAGGACCGUAUAUGAAGACUGCAUAGAUUACAGUCACAGCGCUCUUAGAGCCUAAGAAUGGUAAAAUCGCAGUGGUUACACUUGGAACUUAGAAUGAAUUUUUAAAUAUGGCACGCUUUUCCAUUUCUUACCAAUUGGCCUCUAUUAAAAAUACUACCUAAAGUAGAAAUUACCAUGAAAUUACCAACCAAAUUACUAUCAACGAUCAGAGAUUUAGUCUAAAACUCUCUCUGGCCUCAAAUACCCGUCUGUAGUAGUGUUCAUUCAUGUGGCUUCUGUGCUUUGCCAGGAUGUCAUGUCACUCCCACCCCUUCCUCACUGCCUGUCUCCCUCGCACGUUGGCAUACAUGCUGUGUACACACAGAGAAUACCCUGUGUACACAGUAGCAGCUGUCAGCAGUACCCGCUCCAGAUGGGUGGGCCCCAGGUAAUCCUCUGCUGUGAAGUGGCCAGAACAGGCUGUUCCUGCAUUAAAAUAGGAGGAAAGGAAGAAUUUAGCAUCUGGUAGUAAUAUUUAUUCUUAUGAGUUUGGGGUAAUCACGUGAAUUAUAAAUCCUUAAGUUAUAAAUUUAUAAUUUACAUUUAUAAAUUACAAAUUUAAGUUUAUAAAUUGUAAAUAGUUCAAGUUAAAAAUGAGGCAGAGGCCUAAGAGAGUUGUAGAACUUUGUCUCACAUUAAAUAAACAGAUGAAGAAAAGUACAUUAAGUUACUUAAAACGAAAUAUAGGGUUGCAGUUGUGCCUCUCAAAGUCAAACUUAAGAUCUGAUUUAGUAAACUUGACUGGUUUUCUUUGGUACUGGAACUAGCCUUUCCUUCUUGAUCUUUAAUUAUUUCAUUUUUUACCUUUACUUCUACCACAUUCUAGAGAUUGUCACAAAAAUGUACAAAACUUUUCUUGCUUCUUUGUGUAUUGAAUCUUAAAGAAGGAACAGCUUUUCAAAACAGUAAUGAAAUAGAUCACCGAGUGGGUAAAUAACGAAGCCUCCUGAAGUCAAGCUGUGCUUUUGCUUUAUGACACUCCAAGUGCUCACACCAUAAAAACCUUAAUUUGAAAACUUUCCUUCACUUUGAUCUGUGACAGAGCAUUUACAUUCAGCACAUCACUCGUGACUCCUUAGGUUUGUUCAACAAAAUGAAAGUAGAAAACAGUCUUUGUAGCAGAUUCUUUGAAUUCGUUGGGCUAUUUCCUAGCCCUGCUGCACAACAUACUAGUUUGAAAGUUGUUUGGGGCCUUCAUUUCUUUUAGAUGUUCCUGUUCCUUUUAAAUGCUUUUUAGUCAUUGAGAUAAAUGGAGGAAAUAGAAAAUAUUUUUCAAACGAAUACUAUAAGAGAGAUGAAUUAGAACACAGUGUCUGGAAGAUAAUGAAAUAUUUAAAAUGUUAAGAGGCUAUAUGGCUUACCCAGUGAAUAGUAGAAUUUCUAAUUUAAAUUGUUGAUUUUUUUCUAUUUUAAUGACCAUAAGAAGAAUGUCAUCGCUUGAGCUGUCAUAUGUUUAUCUUCAGUGCUUUUCUAAUUAUGUCUUUCUGGAUUAUUGGCUUUGAUGCCAUAGACCAACUGCUCUACAUUUAAGUUUUAGACCAGCAGCGUAAGUUGAACAUUCUGUUAGGUCAGAGAAACCUUUUUGUUUGCAUCCAAAAUGAAAUAUUUAUAAAAUAUAUUAGUAUGUUUUCCUAUCUUGACAAGUUCAGCUAUGCUGAAUAUAAUUUGAAUUUUUAUGAUUUCUUAAUGUUUAGAAUUGUCUGAUAAUUGGUACUUUGGAUACCGGUAUUCUUCAUGUUAUAGGUUACAUAUCAAAAUUUAAACAAAUUGUAGUGAAUAUGCAUGUGUAAGAUAUACCCUAGAGGUUGAAUUUUGGGACCAAAUCCUUAAUAAGAGCUUGUCCUUUUCAAGUAGAAAACAGAAGAAGGAAAUGACUUUUGGUUGCAUCCCAGAGUAUCGAGGUUUUACUGUUUCUGGCUAAUUCUAAUGUUAUUUCUCUCAUUUCUAGGAGUUCCCAUCAUUCUGGGAAUACUUGUAUAUACCCCAUGAAGAAUAUAAUAUAACGUGACUUUAAACUUUGUUUACAGAGGAUAUAUAUGAGUAUGCUGUUAAUGUAAAUUGUUUGGCCUUUGCUGUAUCCACUGUUACCAUUUUGCUGCCAAAAUAUGAGAAAUUAUCUUCUAUUCCUCCUACAUAUUGUGCAAGUGUUAAAAAAGUUGUCCAUUUCUAGUACCAUAUAAUUCACUACAUCUCUGGUCUACUUUUUAAGAAUCAGUAUAAAGAAAAACAAUACAUUAGGAUAAGGUUUGCAUAUAUGUAUAUGUGUUUUUACUGAAAAUUGGGCACUUGUAGCCUUGCGUAGGCCUCUCGCUGCCUGAUUCACUAAUCAUCUACGAUGCUGCCAUGGAGAUGACGCUGUUUGCUCUCCCCUGCUUUGUCCUAAAUGGUAUUUGAGAAAUGAGGCCUGUGAAUUUCUCUUUGUGGUGAUAACACAGUGAACUCUGUAGUAUCUUGGGUAAAUGAGCUGUCCGUCUUGUCCCCCCACCCCUGCUUUGUCUACACAGCGAAUCAGAAGCCUUGUCCAUGCCUGCUUCAGUGUUUGCUAUUUUAUAUUGAUAUCCGAGCAUUUUGUUUUCUGUUAGCAAUGUUCUUUGAUGCUGUGUGGGGCCCUUUUGGUUGAAUCUCUCCAAAUGUGGGUCGACUGCUGCCACCUGGCAAAUAACAGGUGAUACGCUAAAUCUCCUGUUCAUUCUUGUAACUAUACCCUUGUUAACGGAAUUCUGCAACUGGAUGAGUAAUUAUAAAUGCCAUCUUUGCAGACACAUGGGCUUAAGGAUGUCUACAAAAUUUUAGACAUUUUUGCAAAAGGGGAAAAAAUAGUAUUGUAAAUACUGAAACAUUUCCAUGAAAUUUAUCCUGCUCUUGGAAAAAAAAAUUCUCCUUGGCUGCAGAAAUGAGAUAAACUUUAUUUGCGAUGACCAAGGACAUAAAUGAAGAUGGAUUGAGGUGGAAAAAUUCUGUCUCACAAGUAAUCAGUGACAUCUGCCAGAGGUCAUUACAGCUACUUUUAACUGUGAACACUCACCAGCUAAACUACUCACUUGCCACAACCAAAUAACCUCUCAAAGUAAAUCCAAUACAUCUGUACAUAUGUGUAGAUAGAAACAACAAAAAAAUCUUGAAAAAUUAUGCUAUUAGUUAAAGUAAGGUGAUGAUAAUUAUAAAGAACAUUUAAAUAACCACGAGCCUUGGUGAAACAACUGUGGAGGCCAGAAUGGUGCAACAAGAUGUCAUUCACAAGUUUGGUAUUUUUUUAAGACCAGAUAUCUCAGAUACUCAUUGUGAGAAUAAAGACUGUUGAAAAUUAAAUUAAAGCCAAGCAAUAAUGUGCCAAAAAGAGGCAGUUACACCAGCAAGUGCAUCUAUAAGGGCACACCAUUAUGUAAUAUGGUUUGUCCAUGAAGACUGACUGUAACCCACAGGAAAAAUAAGCAAAGGCAUAAUUUCUGCUUUCUUGCUAGAAAAAUGUGUCUAGGAGCUCUAUAAAGAGAUACAGCCCUGGUGAACUUUAGUAGAGAUAUGGUUAACAUCUCUGUCUUAAUGCUAGCCAAGACGAAAAAGGAGUCAAAAUGUCUUGCUAGUUUAAACUUCGCGAUAGAUCUAACCAGAAACUUUGUUGAAACAGAGGGGUUAAAUAUAUGGUAGUUACUCUUCCUGGACACUUGCAUGUAGGAAAGCAAUUCAGUUAAUUCUGCCUAGAGGAUUACCAUCCUUAGCUUGGAAAAAAAAUGUGUUCCCAAAUGUAAAAUAAUUAAAACAUGAGUACUCAUAUCAAAAAGGGCCUCAAAUAAUGCCUUACAGAAAAUGAUAUUCCAGAUGGGCGUUGCUAAAUAAUAGCCCUUCAUUGAGUAUAUUUUCAGUUCAAGAUCAAAAUCAAUUGGCUGCAAAAAAAUAAGUCAUAUUUUUUGCAUUUUAGAAAAUGAUACUAAUGACCACCAAGCAUGAUGAGAAUUAUGAUGAGAAAUACCCUAGUGAUUUAAGUGUGUUAAGGAGAAAUAAAUGGGAGAGAAACUCUAACUUCUUUCUUGGUCUCUUAUAUUGCAAGGAUGUCAUCCACUGAUUUGCAGGGUGAAAAUGAUGGCUUGCUUUUUAACAUUACUGCUAGCAUUAAUCUUUGUUACUUUAAAAAAUUAGAUGGUCCAUUCUUUAGCAAAACUUUUAAGUGGAUAAACUUCUGUUUUAUAUCAUUGCUUUAAUAACACGUAAAGACUGUACACAGCAAACUAUGUUGAAUGGGUAGAAGGAGCUUACUCACAUUUAUCAGGAUCUCUUAAUGAUUUUAGCUGAGAUUCUUUAACGCUUAUUUUAGGCCACAUCUUUGAGUGGAUUAUUUUGCAUAAUGUUUUCCAUCACAUCUUAAAAUGAUGUUGGUAAAUCAGAAGAUUGCAGUAUUAUACAUGCUCCUCAAUCCCUAGAGAGAGAGGAGAGACUAAUUUUUGUUUUAAGGACAUCUGGAGACAGCUUUCCUGAGGCUGAGAAAGGUCAACAGGGCCAGAAACCUCAAGAAAGAAAUACACUAAUAAAUUACUAAAUUCCUAAAUGUAUUUAUCUCUGCUGUACUAGUGUGUGAACAAUACGUUGUGCAUAAUACUGUAGCUGGUUGUGGUAUGUCAAUAUAUUUUGUAAGUGUGUAUAGUCUGUGAGUGGUUGGUUUUCUCUUUUUAUGUGUAGCAAAAAUAUAACAUGCCGUGUCCCAUUUCAAAACCAAGUUCUGUCAUCAGGUAGGCACAUGUAUGAAAAUGAAUAAAGUCAACAGAAGAGUGUGUAUGUAUUCAGU